GCACUUGCAGAGGGACGAUGAGAGGCGAGGAGAGGAGAGGCACUUGCAGAGGGACGAUGAGAGGCGAGGAGAGGAGAGGCACUUGCAGAGGGAUGAUGAGAGGCGAGGAGAGGAGAGGCACUUGCUGAGGGAUGAUGAGAGGCGAGGAGAGGAGAGGCACUUGCAGAGGGAUGAUGCGAGGAGAGAGACUUUUGAGGCGCCUCAGAGGGAUGGGGAUGAGAUGAGGGAAGGCUACGAGGGAGAGCAGGCGGAGGGUAGGAAGCAGGGGGUGAGGAGAGAGGGUGUGGAAAAUGUGGAGCAUGGGAGUAAAGAGGGGAAGGAGGAGGGGAGGUGUGACGGUGCAGAUGAGGGUGACGUGUCAUCUUAUGAUUUGAUACGGCUGCUGGUGCAUCUGCCUUCUCCGCCCAGAGAUAGUGGAUUUUCCCUCCCAGUGUCACCAGCAUCACAGCACGUCACAGGGCAGGUUCCCCAGCCGACACCUCUUUCCCUGCUCAUGCUGCCUCUGGAGAUACCAAAAAGGGGGGGCGUAAUAACUGCUACUUUCCAUGUGAAUAUCAGUACCAAGGGCAAACCUCGGCCCCCUCUCCACUUCCUUUCUGUGGGACUGGCGCCGCUCCCCCUUCAUUCUCCAUUCGCCCCCUCCUCCUCCUCUCCAUCCCACUCCUCUCCCUCCAACUCCCUCUCCCUCCUAUCCUUGGUUUCCUCCAUCUUUCGACCUCUGCACCUGCCAUUAUCAUCAGGCUCAUCCUAUCAGCAGCAGCAGCAGCAGGGGAAGCCGCAGGCGAACGGACAGCACUCACACCAGCAGCAGCAGAAACGGCAGCAGCAGCAGCAGCAGCAGCAGCAGCAACGGCAGCAGCAGCAGCAGCAGCAGCAGCAGCAGCUUCUUUCAGUAUUCUCCCUCCCGCCUGCUGCUGCUCAUCUCUCGCUCCACCUUCGCCUGCUGCCCUCUCAUUCUCCCACCACCUCCCAUCCUUCUGAAAUGCAGCCAAACUCCACCGGGUGCCACCCUGCUGUCGCCAUUCUGGCAUCUGCUGAUGCCGCUGCUUCUGAGGCUGCGACAGCCGGCGGUGGCCCAGGGCACGGGUCCAGUCAAGGGAGCUAUAAGAUCCAAUAUACCCACACCUUCCAUCAGUCCGCCCUUUUAGAGCUCGACUCGCCUCCACCCCACCUCACUCGCCCCUCUUGCCACCACUGCAAUCACCACCAUGGCAAUCACCACCACCACUGCCACUACCUUUCGCACAAGCAUCAAGAGGAAAGCGGGGGAUCAGAGCCACACUGCCACUCUCAGAGUGGCAAUGGCAGUGGCGGUUCCUCGAGUGGCCUCUCCUUGAUGCUGCUGGUCGACCCCUCGUGCCCCUCCUCCCUCCUCCUCUCCGUGGACCUCCCUCGCUCCCUCACCUCCCUCCUCCUCUCCUCCCUCCCUCUCCUCAUCGGCUCAGCCCUCUCCCUCACGCUCUGCGCCUCCUCCUACCACUUCUCUCACUCACUCUCCCUCACUCACUCACUCUCACGCUCUCACUCCCAAUCCACUUCAACAUCCAGCCCACUAGCCUUUACAUCACCUUCCCCCUCACCCUCCUCUUUCCCUCCCCCCUCCUUCCACAAUCUCCCCUCCCUCCUCUCUCUCACUGCCUCGUCUCCUUGGCCUUCUCUCUCUAACCCUACCUCACGCUCCCUACUCUCCUCUGCCAUCCUUUUCUCUCUCCUACACUCCCUUUCUCACUCCUCUCACUCCACUCUCCCCCUCCCUCCCUCAAACCCUCUAGACUCACGCCUCACGCACUCAUUAUUCCCCUAUCUCCAGCCCCAUUCUGCUUCUUCCUCCUGUCACCCUCUCCCUCCCUACUAUUCCCUCCUUUCUCCCCUCCUCCUCUCCCUCCCCUCCCUCCCAAGACUCUCCCCCACACUCACCUCUUUCCUUCACACUCUCACCUCCUCCCUCCUCUCCUCCCUCCACUCCUCCCUCCACUCUUCCCUUCCCUCCUCACUCCUCUCCCUCCUCCCCUCUCCCCUCCGCCUCGACCCAAACCAACCACCCCAUGCCACGUCACUUCUCCCUCUCCUUGCAUCAGCACGGUGCAUGCUAAGCUGUAUUUUCUCAACGCUGACAUCAGCGCUCCUGUCACUCUCCGUUGCAGUCGUGAUUGCAUCUGCUGCUCUCUGCCUCCUUGUCGCUUUGCUAAAAGUGACUCUUAAGGUCCUCUCCUGCUGUGCCGGCUCCCAGUCUGACUCUUGGGCAGAUCAAGGCACAAACACUGGCACGGGGUAUUGGCCUCCUUUCCUCUUCCUCUUCUUGCUCCUUCCUCUCUCAAUCUUCUCCCCAUUCAUCGCCCUCCUCCUCGCUGCUGUUGUUCAAGUCUGGCGUACAUCUCGGGCUAAGGCAAGGUCCUCUUUCACACUGGUAUCAGAGCUCCUAUUGGCCGACGCUUUCCUGCUGCUACUUGCAGCCCUCUUCCAUCUCCCCCCCUUCAUUGCUCACCUGCAUGCCAAGGCGUCAAUAUCCAUGGCCCCUUUAGAGGACCUACUGCCCUCCGUAGCAUCACUUCUGCUUGUAGUCACACCACUGCCCUGCUCCUUCCAGUCCCCCCCCAACCCUCACUACAAGCCAACAGCACUGCAGCAAGUGGUAGUUUUUGUCUGUGACCUGUGUGGGGUGGCAUCAUUUGUCUUCUCUUUAUAUAUGGUUCCGGGAUACAGUCUCAACGCAAUUGCUCUAGUUGCUGUUUCCAGAUCUAUUAUGUCUCUCCAGCAUUUGGAAGGCACAGCACAGCAGUACACUUGUGGUCUCUGGUUUGCAGUGGGUAACCUUCAUCCCUUAUGAUUUCUGUGUACACUUAUGAUGCCUGCAUUCAAAAUAGAGACUCUAUUUUGAU